AUGCCGAUACCAUUCCUCGAAGAAAACCCGGACCCCGUCCACAUCCUCAACAUAUCAACCCACAUGGACAAGACCCUCAAAGCCCUCACCGAAAAGACCCCCCAAAGCACAAAAGCCAUACUCUACACAAUCAGCCAAGAUACCCUCCUCGAAAACAUGCAGGUCCGCUACGGCCCAAACCACCACGUCUACGGACAACACGCCCAGGCAGGCCCUCCCAUCGGCCGCGUCCACUUCCACUUCAUCUCGUCCAAGAUGGAGCUCAACGUCCACGGCCGAGACUUUGUCAUGAAGCGCAGGAGUCCCAUUGGGGGCCACUACUUCACGUAUCCCGGAGUAAACGAAAUGCAAUGGAAGAGCACUUCGCUUGUGGGCAGUGGUCUCAAACUGGUCGACAGUCACGGUCGCGUGAUUGCGUGUACGAAGAAGUCAAUGAUGGGACACGUCAUGGGAAGCGGACCCAGUGCAAUUCAUAUUUUUGACAGGAUAGACGAUGGGUUUUUGAUGGAUCUGAUUGUUGUGACGGGCCUGGCUGCCAUUGAGUACAGGAGACAGUCGGAUGAAGCGUGGAGUUGGAUGAAGGAAGCUACUGGUUGA